CCUUUGCUGCGAUCUCCACCCCCUCCUGGCCUGGCAGGGAACCUGGGAGGAGCUGUGAAGGCUGCUGGAGGCAGGUCGAUGCUCAGACUUUGGUAAUUGUUGCGCGUUAGUGAUUCAAGUGGAAGCUGCUAAAGCUGCUGGAAGGGGAGUUCCCCAGUGUGGGAUCCAGUUUACAUACCAGACAGACGGCACAUAAUAAGCAGGAUAAGCCGCACCAUCCCAGGGAGCAGCUGUCACACCUGCUGUAAGAAGAUCUCCUUGCCCGGCUGGCACACAGGGAGAGGAUGGUCAUAAAGGUGUUUUUAGCCUCUUCCUCCAGCUCUGUUACUAUCAAGAAGAGGCAGCAGGAAGUUUUGCAGUUUUUGGAAGCCAACAGAAUUGAAUAUGAAGAAGUGGAUAUUACUAUGUUAGAAGAAAAGAGACAGUGGAUGUACAAAAAUAUUCCCAAGGACAGGCUUCCUGAGCAAGGUAAUCCACUGCCUCCACAGAUCUUCAAUGACAAUAUCUACUGUGGGGAUUACGAAAGCUUUUUUGAAUCAAAGGAAAGCAACACUGUCUUCUUGUUCUUACAACUGAAAUCAAGGCCAGCACAAAAGGAACUUUAGAAGAAUUUAAUAUUGGAAAAUAAUAAGUACAGGACACUCAGCACAGCUUUGUCAUCUAUUGUUCCGAGGAGUCGAUUGUCAAAUUUCUUUGCCAAAAAUGGCACCCUGUGACAGAUCAUGGACUGCAUCACCAAAUGAUAUAUUUUGCUAUAAUGUUAGGUGCAGCAGAUGUCAUCAAGAAUGACUCAAGAUUAACACUGUAAAUGAGUUUCAGUCGAGCUUGGCUUCUGGAGAGGUUUUCUUCAAACACCAUCACCUUCAUAUCAAGUAUUCACCCUACUCCUUAGAUUUGAAAUUGACUUUAUACAGUUGUACUUGAUGCUUUAAUUCCAGCUAAAUGUCUUUUUAUUUGGUUUGCCUAUUGCACUGCUACUUUUAGCAUCUGGACUUUGGUUUCUGUGUUAUGUGUAUGUAUGUAUAUAUAUAUAUAAUAACAGUUAAGCACCACAAUAAAAAACUGUUUUGACCAAA